AUGUGGUGGUUUCAGCAAGGCCUCAGUUUCCUUCCUUCAGCCCUUGUAAUUUGGACGGCAGCUGCUUUCAUAUUUUCAUAUAUCACUGCUAUAACACUUCACCAUGUUGACCCUGUUUUGCCUUAUAUCAGUGACACUGGUACAGUGGCUCCAGAAAAAUGCUUGUUUGGGGCAAUGUUAAAUAUCGCCGCAGUUUUAUGCAUUGCAACCAUUUAUGUUCGUUAUAAGCAAGUUCAUGCUCUGAAUCCUGAAGAGAAUCGAAUCAUCAGAUUAAACAAGGCUGGCCUUGUACUUGGAUUACUGAGUUGUUUAGGACUUUCUCUUGUGGCAAAUUUCCAGAAAACCACCUUUUUUGCUGUACAUGUGUGUGGAGCUGUGCUCACAUUUGGUGUGGGCUCAUUAUAUAUGUUUGUUCAGACUAUCCUUUCCUACCAAAUGCAGCCCAAAAUUCAUGGCAAACAAGUCUUCUGGAUCAGACUGUCAUUGGUUAUCUGGUGUGGAGUAAGUGCAUUUAGCAUGCUGACUUGCUCAUCACUUUUGUACAAUGGCAGUUUUGGUGCUGAUAUAGUACAGAAACUCCAUUGGAACCCUGAGGACAAAGGUUAUGUGCUUCACAUGAUUACUACGGCAGCAGAAUGGUCUAUGUCACUUUCCUUCUUUGGUUUUUUCCUGACUUAUAUUCGUGAUUUUCAGAAAAUUUCUUUACGGGUCGAGGCCACUUUACAUGGAUUAACUCUUUAUGACACUGCUCCUUGCCCUGUUAACAAUGAACGAACAUGGCUACUUUCCAGAGAUGUAUGA